UUGCAGACUUUAGAGCGUGCUAAUGGCCGCUAUCCGUAAAAAAUUGGUCAUUGUUGGCGAUGGCGCUUGCGGUAAAACUUGCCUUUUAAUCGUGUUCAGCAAGGAUCAAUUCCCGGAUGUUUAUGUACCAACUGUGUUUGAAAAUUAUGUUGCAGAUAUUGAAGUGGACGGAAAACAGGUGGAACUGGCUUUGUGGGAUACUGCUGGCCAAGAAGAUUAUGAUCGAUUAAGGCCACUCAGUUAUCCAGACACUGACGUAAUCCUGAUGUGUUUUAGUAUUGAUUCACCGGAUUCGUUAGAAAACAUUCCAGAAAAGUGGACACCCGAGGUACGUCAUUUCUGCCCGAAUGUCCCAAUAAUUUUGGUCGGCAAUAAAAAAGAUCUUCGUAAUGACCCACAAAUGGUGCGUGAAUUGGCAAAGAUGAAACAAGAACCAGUACGUCCGGAACAAGGCCGUGCGAUAGCCGAACAAAUUGGUGCUUUCGCAUAUUUGGAAUGUUCCGCUAAAACAAAGGAUGGAAUUCGAGAAGUGUUCGAAAAAGCAACGCAGGCUGCACUGCAGCAAAAGAAAAAGAAAAAGAAGUGUGUCAUUCUUUGAUUCAAGUGGAUUCGGAAAUUGCACAUUGUUGUUUUUGAUGGAGAAGGAGAUGAGAUUGGAGGAAAGUAGGAGAGAAAGGUUCAUCUUACUUCUUCAUGAUCAGUUAAGAAAUAUUGAUUGUCAAUUACUAUUCAGCCGUUCUACUUUGUCAGUAAUUUCUUACCGUUGUGCAAGAGAUGCUUUAUAAUUAUUUAUUGAUUACUGAAAUGGCGAGUGUCCAGAAAGGAAAAAUGAAUUAUCGUUUGUACUACAUUUUGCAAUAUUCAUUAUUAUUCUCAAAAUUAAAAAAUUAACCAUUCCAGUGGUGGGCCUCACUUCCGUUUAACAUAAACAUAUAUUCCGCGCAAUGUUUUUCUAUUUUCUUUAACGUUGUUAUUUAAAAAUUUUCAAUCUUGUCUGACUUCAGUAUGUUGAUAUGCACUCUGCUUAAUUUUUACCACUAUUAUUUAUUACUA